ACGAACCCGUUAGGUUCCUUCAAGACCGUGCUACGAUUUCACAAAUAUAUAUAUAUAUAUAUAAAUAACUUUUGCCAAAAUGGAUUGCGGUGCGGUAUUUGUUAAAUAUGUUCUGUUCAUAUUUAAUAUAUUGUUUGUGAUAUGCGGCAUUUUACUUAUCACAUUUGGGUCCAUUAUGGUCUCAACGAUCAAGGACUUUACCAGUUUGGAUGCCACUUUUACGGCAAAUAGUGUGGCUAUUAUUAUCUUGACCUUGGGUUGCCUUAUCUUUGUGGUUGCAUUUUUGGGCUGCUGUGGAGCCAUACGGGAAAAUGCAUGUUUUUUGACCACGUACUCUGUGAUUAUGCUGGUAUUGUUGAUUAGUCAGCUCAUUUUAAUUAUCUUUGUAUGGGUCGAGCAUGUACAAAUUGGUCAGAGUUUGGAGAAAAUUGUGGAAACCAUAUGGGAUCAACGCAAGAGUUCGGAUGGCAUUCUCCUCGAUACAAUGCAAAGAACUUUCAAGUGCUGUGGCCUUCAUAAUGCUGCCGAUUAUCUAUCACUAACCGUUCCGGCCUCGUGCUGUGAUUCUCCGACAAAUGGCAGCUGCAGUGCUGCUACUGCCGUAUUCCGUCCGGGUUGCCUCAGUGCCGUUGAUGACGUUUGGGAUACAAAUGCCAAUAUUAUCAAAUAUGCCGGCUUGGGUGUGACUGCCAUUGAGUUGGUGGCCUUUAUCUUUGCUUGCUGUCUGGCUAAUCAGACCCGCAAUAAUGCCAGACGACAGAACUACUAAACUUUGAAUUCUCCAAAUGUAUCUCUUUUAUAAAUAUUUCAUAAGUUAAUCUAAUAAAAUAAAAAUGUAUUAAAAAAGAGAUACAAAUACAUACGUUUGAUUUGUAUUAAUCUCAGUUUAAACUCAAAUACAUAUGUGCUUAAAUGGUUAAUGUA